AUGGCAGAAUAUCUUGCGAAUGUGUUUCUGGAAACCUUUCGUACUUUGCUGGUUGAAGAAGCUAAGUAUUUGCUUGGUGUGGGCGACGAUGUUGAGAAAGUUGAGGCAAAUUUGAAAAGCAUACAUGCUUUGCUGAUGAAAGCAGACAGCAGGCGUGAUUCUCCAACUCUAAUCCAACUCAAAAGGUUGGCUUUCAAUGCUGAGAAUCUGCUUGAAACGUAUGCUGUUAAAGUUCAAUGCAAAAGGGAAGGGCUGACUCUCACGGACAGAUUUCAAAGGUACAUUUGCAUCAUUUGUGAGUGUUUUAGUGCCCAUGAGGUUCGGAAGGAGGCUGGCUACAUAAUAAAUGCCCUGGACAAACUCACCAAAGAGUUAACGUCGGAGUUGGGGCAAGAAAGUUCAUCUCACUCGGCGCAGGAAGAUGAGUGGCAACGUCUAAGACAGACGUAUGCUCAUAAGGUUGAUCCUUAUUUCGUGGGCAUGGAUGAAGAGAUCGAGAUUCUGGUAUCAAAGAUGAAGGAUGAAAAUAGGCAACGAGUCGUGAAGAUAUAUGGGAUGGGUGGCCUCGGAAAAACUACUCUUGCGAGAGAGGUUUACAACCACAGGGACCUCCAAUCUUAUGCUCGAGCAUGGGUUUGCAUCACGCAACAGUUUCAACCUAAGGCUGUUUUCGGCGAGAUUUUGAGACAACUUGAUAGCAGCGUCGGACAAGUUGAUGGCAUGGAAGAACGCGAGUUGGUGACAAGAAUUCAAAGUUUUUCAAAGGGGAGGGCUUUGGUGGUCAUUGAUGAUAUAUGGAAAGAUGAUCAUUGGGAGAUCAUAAAUCAAGCAUUUCCCGUGAAUUGUAAUGUCACUCUCACCCCUCGUUAUGAGAAUAUUCCUAAUCAACAAUCUGAACCUCACAUGUUGACAAAGUUGGGCUUUACUUCAAAAAGUUUUUCUGAGGAUGAAGAUAUUGAUACAGAGAGAUUGUAUUUAUUGUGGAUGGCAGAAGGCUUCAUUUCAUAUCAAGAUAAAGGGCCUAAUGAGACACUAAGAGAUGUGGCUCAGAGAUAUCUAAUUGAACUUGCUAUGAGGUGUAUGGUUCAACUGCAUGAAGCUGAGAUCUACUCUCCACGUGACAAGUUCGACUGGUGUAAGCUUCACGACUUAAUGCUAUGA